AUGGGAUCAGGAGCAAGAGGCAAAUUUUGUCGGGAAGGGUUCCAAGAUAUGCUACCAAAAAUGGCAGAAAAGUUGGGAGGUGAAGGCCUAAUUAAAGAGCUCUGCAACGGGUUCGAUUUGUUGAUGGAUAAAGACAAAGGCAUGAUCACUUUUGAAAGCUUGAAGUACAACUCUUCAUUGCUUGGAUUGCAAGAUUUACGAGACGACGAAUUAAUGAGCAUGUUAAAAGAAGGUGAUUAUGAUGGCGAUGACGCUCUCAAUCAAAUGGAGUUUUGUGUGUUGAUGUUUCGGUUAAGCCCCGAGUUGAUGACAGAAUCCAAGGCGUUACUUGAUCAAGUUUUGCAACAAGAAUUCGGGUCAAAUUAACGUCGAUGUUUUUUAUUCAAAGUAAUUUCAAGUUUGUGGUAUUCUUGUCGUUAGAAUGUUCAAUAAAUUAUGACAUAUUGCAGCAUCGGUAAAUGGCUAUAUAUA